AUGGGUACUCCAGGGGAGCACGUAAGUGAUGUGCGAAAUUCAAAUGGUUACAAUGGUAAUAUUCACUCAGAACACAGAGAUGUUAUAAAUAUCGAUUCUAAUCUUGAUGAUUAUCAACUUGUUUCUCGACAUAAUCGUAAAAGAAGAAAUAAUCAAAGCAAUCAAGAAGCUUCAUCAAAUUUGACAUACACUCCAAAACGUAAAACAACAGAAGAUUUCAGAAGUUUUUCUAGUGAAAAACGUAAUAUCCACGAAACGACAACAACAUCAACAUCUUCAUAUUUUAAAUAUUAA